AGUGGAAAAAUCCACGGACCAGGUCAUCAAGCCAGUCAACAUUGAAGCCCUGUCUAAGUGGGUUGGUUCUAUUCCUGACGAUGUGGUGAAAGAUAUGGAUACUAUAGCUCCAAUGCUACGCAUGCUCGGCUACGACCCCAUGGCAAACCCACCCAAGUACGGUCAACCAGAUCCCAACGUGGCGGACAAUACAUUCCAUAUCAAAGAGAACGCCGACUUCUGGAAGGAGCGAGAGCGGGAUGUUCUUAGUCAUGGCGCCGAUGACGCUCUACAGGAGCAGCAGCCCAACAGCAGACAGCCACCAGCAGACCAUGAGCUUCAGGAGACUGGUGGGCCAUCUAUAGCCUUCAUGUCCGUGCAACAGUCAGAGCCAGGAAGAUGA